CGACAGGUUCCCAGUGGCCAAUGCAAGAGCCUGGUGGGCCCAGGUGCUUCCUGUGGGGCAGGGCGCUUCCUGUCAGAUGGGCGGCGUGCGGCGGUCGGCUACGACGAUGGUUCAGUGCGUGUAUGGGACCUGAAAGGGGCGGUGGUGGCGCACACCCUGGUAGGACCCAGCCAGGCACAUCCGGGGGGCCCUGUCACGUGCCUUGACACGGCUGGUGACCUGGUGGCAUCGGCCGCUACGGAUGUGCGGCUACUACAUGCCAGCUCAGGGAGGCUGCUGGCUGCCCUCGCACUCACCACUGCUGCUGGCGACGAGGCUUCCACGGUGGAGGCUGUUUGUAUUGAUGGCGCACAGCGGACUGUGGCAGCUGGCUUGCUCUCUGGCCGGCUCUCACUCUGGGACCUGGGUUCACAGGCAGAGCGCCAGAGCUGCAUGCACCCGGCAGGGGUGACGCGUGCCCUCUGGCAUGGACCGCACACAGUUGUUACAGGAUGUCUGGAUGGUGUCGUGCGUGCCUGGGACAUCCGUUCCCCACAGGAACCAGCUCUGUGCUGGAGGGCACACCGCCAUGACAUCUUAGACCUGGCGCUGUCGCCAGACGGACAGUGCGUCGUGAGCGUGUCUGACGGUGGCAUCUGCACCGUGCACAAGUUCGCCUUGCCCGACUGAUCUCGUCCCCCUGGUGAUAAGUUUCGUGUGAACAUGUUUUGCUUUGCAUCGAGUUGCCUGUGAAAAAAUUUGCAACUUCACCAUGCUGCCGUCUUUUUAUGCAAAAAGAGAUGCAGUAAAAGUUUCUUUUUGAUAAAACAAUC